UAUUCAUACGACCCAAUGUGUACAUGAAUGGCGCGUGACGUACAUACAUUUGUAUGCCAGUCAUUGGUCGCUCCAAAAGGAAGUAGCUGCAUGCUACUAAUGUCAACAUCGCCCUCUCUCGUUCAAGCAAAGAGCAUAAUUUAUGGUUGAAAUUUACAUAACUCUGUUUAUUCGAAUUAAAGAAAACACGGUAAUGCCCAGGCCCCAUCCCAAUGGGCAGCAAAGAUCUGAACCAUAAAGUUCAUAGCUCUGCAUUUUCGCAGCCUCGAGAGGGUAGCCUGGAUGACGGACAGGAGUUGAUCUCUAAGGGACUAACAAUGCUCUUUAACUACAGAACCGAUAACGAGCUAAACACUAAUUACCAACAUCAUUAUAUCUCUGACCGACACAUCACACCACAAGCCUGUGCUCCUCUGACAACAACCUUUAGAGCAAUCAUUUUCACUGCUGCUUCUUUAACACUUAGUUGGUGAAAGCCUGUACCUGCCUCCAAACUACAAAAACUCGGUGAACUUUACCAAGAUCAUAAUGGACCCAAGGGUGAUAAUUGAAACUACGCCUAGAAAUGGCUUCAACGAAAGACGGGUCAUGGGCAAAGACAACCUUGACGAGUUGAACAUCAUAAAGAAUGACAGAAAUCGGCACACUCAAGAUGAUGACGCCAAUCGUACGUUCGCUGAGCGGUUCCAGGAUUUUGGUAACAGUACGACCCUGCACGGAAUCAGCUAUGUGAUUAACUUGAAUUACAAGAAGCAGAGAAGAUUGUUGUGGCUUCUGCUAGUGUUGGUCAUGUCCAUCUGGCUUGUUUACAGCAUCGUAGAGGCAUUCAUUACUUACUUCAACUACCCCAUGACUAGUGCCAUCUCCAUCCAUUACAUGGAUACCCUAACUUUCCCAGCCGUUACUCUAUGUAAUUUUAACCAGUUCCGGCGUUCCGCACUCACUCCGGGUCAGGUAAUGGUGAUGAAUGAAGUCUACGGACCCAAUCCGCCUGAAUCCAUUGACUUUGGGCCUUUCAAUGAAAUUACUAACUAUGAUUUCUCUGAGGACCACUUGGCUAACAUCUCCCACUAUCUGGAUAGGAUGCUAGUGAAAUGCAAGUGGAGAGGUACUCAGCCAUGCACGGGUCAGAAUUUCACCCGUCGAUUCACUGAUCACGGUGUCUGCUUUACAUUUAAUGACCCUAAAGAUGCCUCGCACAGACUUGAAGUCAGUAAUGCUGGAAGGCUAGAUGGGUUGUUCCUACGACUGUUUGCUGAAACUGAUGAGUAUACGUUUGGUGAAAACUCAGCCGCUGGCUUCAGGAUAUUGCUCCAUCCUCAAGGACUGAUGCCACUUGUGAAAGAACUCGGCAUCUCCGUAUCUCCUGGUUUUGAGUCCUCCAUUUCUAUCAGACAGAAUGUGUUCAAGAGUCUGCCUUGGCCUUUUGAGUCGAACUGCACUUCGUCUAAAUCGAAGAAUUCAACGACCUACUCGGUACCCACCUGUAAGUACGAAUGCAAGGUGCAGUAUGUGGUGGAACGAUGCGGUUGCCGUGACUACAGAUGGACAGGUUCGGCACCGCUUUGCCCGCCUGAACAGCAUUUUAACUGCAUCGACAAGUACAAAGCCGAGUAUCAGAAACAGGAGAAGUACCGCGACUGUCAUUGUCCUGUAUCGUGUGAAUUGAAAACAUACGACAGUCGAGUUUCUUUCGGUUAUUGGCCAUCCAGCUACGUUAGUGAAAAUCUGCCGCUUAACUCUACCAGUGAGGAGUACAUCAGGAAGAACUAUCUCGACGUGUAUAUUUUCUUCGAAGAACUUGUGUAUUUGCAAAUAGAGCAGAAGAGUGCGUAUGACUUUGCAGCUCUCCAGAGCGGCGUUGGAGGAAACAUGGGACUAUUAUGCGGCAUGAGCUUGAUCACUGUGGUGGAAUGGGCUGACUUCAUUGUAAUCUCUCUGCUUCGUAAAUUCAAAGCAAGAAGGAUCUAAACCCACAAUCUUCAAACCGAUUAAAAUAUAACGACUCCUUGAAAAAAGCUUUUCUUUUGAAAUUAAACGUACAACAAUUUAGAGUUUGAGAUAAAUAACUCAUGAAGAUUUAAAUGAAACCCGUACAAACAGUGAUAGAGUGCAUUUUAAAGUCAUUACAUUAUGCUUACUGAGCUAGAUUGUCUAUCGCUGUAGAAUAUAUGCUGUACAAAAUCAUUUCAUAUCGAGUUUUUCAAGGGUAACUUUCAAUUCCAUUUUAAUUAAUAUUUACACCACGGAAAGUGCUUUUACGAGGUGGUUCCUUGUCCUUCAAGAUUUAUACAAUCUUUGUUUAUGAGAAGCAAGGUUUCUCCCUUUAUUCAAUUUUUGAACACUUUAGCUGCGGGAUUGAUCGUUUAUUAUCCACCCCACAAAAACAUACUCUAAAAAAGUAAUUUAAAUCAGAAUUGAUUAAAAAGAUGAUCUCAGCGGAAAGAAGUGCGAGCUUUAAGGUGAGUAUCGAUUGACUUUACGAUAUUUCUCAGAGGACAAUUAAAAAUGUAUGGAUAAGCGAAUAGCUAUAGCUAGAACACACAGACUCCAAUUAAUUUGUGACCUCCAUACGUGAGGACGUGGUACACAGAACGGAUGUCCUAAUGGAGAGUAAGGGUUCAAAGUAUCUCAACUGACUGCGGCUGACAGGAUUACACAUGUCUAUAUAUGGGAAAUGGCUGCAGCCACUAGACAGCGGCUACCGUAAGCACAUGAAUUACUUGGAGCCGCAGUCACAGGCCCGUAGGCUGGGGGGGGGGGGUUCGGG